CUAGUAUAGGUUGCCGCAUAGCAGGGGUAACUGGGCGCCUACAAGAUGGCAACCGAACCGACAAACCGGCUGAUUGUAAAAUAAGUAGCCGCAUAGCAGGGGCACCACUGCGCCUAGGAGAUGUCAACCACCCCGACAUACCUAUGGCGAAACUGCAUGAAUAUACGUUUAAGAACACGAAAUCAAUUUGGAAUGGUUUUGAGAAAGCUAAAGUUUUGCCGCGAUUUUGAUCCAUUCAUCCAUGCAUUCGUGGGAACGUUCUUGUUUCGAGAAAAGAUUGGAAGAGAUUCAAAGGGAGAAUCUUUUAUGUAACUGCAACUUCUGUAUUAUUUAGUAGUGAAAUUAUGUCUAAGACAAAUACGUUGUACAAUUAUUUUACGUCACCGAAAACUGUCAAGCAACCAAAUAAUAAACCGGUGUCUGAAGGCAAACCUGGAACACCAAAAAGGGCAAAGGAACAAAGGAACAAGGUUAAAACUCCAAACAGAGGAAAGGAAAAUAAAAGUGAGGAUCGAAAAAGAGUUUACAAAGACGAUGAUGAAGAAGAAGCGGAAGAAAAACCAAUUAGACCAGCGCAACCAAAAAAAAGGAGAUUAAUCAUCCCUGAUGAAGAAUCUGGAGAAGACUCUGGGGAUGAAUUUAAACCUGAUGCAGAAGAUGCAUCUGAAGAAUCUGAUUCAGGUAGUGAGGGAGACCCUGAAAGUGAAGUACAAACACAGAGUGAAGAAGAAACACCAGAGAAGAAAAGGAAGCUACCAUCUGGCCCUGGUAGAAGACGUCAAGGAGGGUCAAAGAAAGUUACCCAAGAAAAGAAAGAGUCCAAAGUAUCACAACAAAGUCAAGGCUCGGGAUCAAACAAUAGUACUGUUGAGUCCUGGCCACAUUUAAAAUAUGAUUUUCUUCAACCAAAUAAAAUAAGAGAUAUCAAGAAAAAGUCUCCAAGUGACCCAGAUUAUGAUCCAAAAACUGUCUAUGUUCCAUCAGAAUUUUUGACUCAACAAACCCCUGCAAUGAAACAGUGGUGGGAAUUGAAAAGCAAACAUUUUGACUGCGUUCUCUUCUUUAAAGUAGGAAAGUUUUAUGAGUUGUACCACAUGGAUGCUGUCACUGGAGUCAAGGAGCUUAAUCUUACAUAUAUGCGCGGAGAAUUUGCACAUUCUGGGUUUCCUGAAAUCGGGUAUGGCCGUUUCUCGGGAAGCCUUAUAGAGAGAGGGUACAAAGUAGCUAGAGUGGAACAGACAGAGAAUCCAGAGAUGAUGACGCAACGUUGUAAUAAAAUGGCUAAACCAACAAAGUUUGACAAAGUUGUAAAACGAGAAAUUUGUCAAAUAAGCACCAGAGGUACAAGAGUCUACACUGCAUUAGAUGUAGAAGCAUCAACACCGAAUUCAAACUACUUAUUAUCUCUUGUUGAAAAAUGUUCACCUGGUUCAAACACGUCUCAUUACGGAGUGUGCUUCUUGGAUACCACAAUAGGAGACUUUUACCUUGGACAAUUUGAAGAUGACCAAUGCAAUUCUAGGAUAUUGACGUUACUUGCCCAUUAUCCUCCCGUUCACGUUGUAUAUGAACGCGGUAAUUUGUCUCAAAAAACAUUGCAAAUUUUGAAUAAUGCUUUAGCAGCAUGCAUCAAAGAACCACUCCUCCGCGAAACUCAAUUUUGGUCAUCCAUAACUACGUUAAAAAAUCUUCACGAGGGAGAGUACUUCAUGAAGCCAGAGUCUGGGUUUUCAUGGCCUACUGGCUUGCAGAAAUACCUUAAUCAAAAUGACACUCUAGGUUUAACUCCCGCGGAUGAUAAAGAGUUAGCGGUGCAUGCUUUGGGAGGAUGCGUUUAUCUGCUCAAAGAAUAUUUACUCGAGCAACAAUUGUUGGCUCAGGGACGAUUCAAAUCGUACGUUCCGCCGGAUUUCUCAACUGAAAUCGCCACAUCUUCUAAAUUUGCAAAUAAUAUGGUGUUGGACGCCAUCACCAUUAACAACUUGAGAAUUUUUGGUGAAGGCUCCCUAAUGAAAACAUUGGAUCGUUGUUGUACCCCGUUUGGGAAAAGAUUAUUACGCGAAUGGAUCUGUCGACCGUCUUGCCGCAAAAAUAUUAUAAUUGAACGUCAGGAAGCUAUACAAGAAUUGAUAGAUCGUUCAGAUACGGUGCAAACUGCUCGUAGCAUACUGGCUGGACUUCCAGAUCUCGAAAGAUUAUUAAGCAAAAUUCAUGGUCAUGGAAAUUCGGCAAAAAUGAACAAUCAUCCUGAUGGCAGAGCUAUCAUGUUCGAAGGUCACACGUAUUCGAAAAGGAAGAUUCUAGAUUUCACUAAUAUCCUAAGCGGUUUCGAGGAGGUCUUGAAAGUAGUCGCCCUAUUCGAAGAUUUCAACAGUAGCUUGAUAAGUCGGUGCAUUAAGCUAGAACCGGAUGGCGAAUUUCCUUCGUUAAGAGAAACUUUAGAUUACUUCGAGACCGCGUUCAAUCACGAGGAAGCCAAAAAAGAAGGAUGCAUCGUUCCAAAGGAAGGAGUCGACGACGAAUACGAUUCCGUUUUAAUGGAGCUUGCAGACAUAAAGAAAGAUCUCGAACGGUAUCUUGAAAAGCAAAGACAACAUUUUGGCGUGAAAGUAACUUUUCACGGAUCGGAUAAGAAACGCUAUCAGAUCGAGAUUCCAGAGUCGCAAGUGAAGAAAGUCGGUAGUGGAUACGAACUUCAGUCGCAGAGAAAAGGAUACAGACGUUACUAUACCGCUGAGGCAAAGGAACUUCUGAGCAGGCAAAUAAACGCCGAGGAACAGAAGAAUAAAGUAUUGAAAGAUCUAAAUAGAAGAAUAUUCGCGCAGUUUGGCGAGAAGUAUGACAUGUGGAGUACUGCCGUUUAUAACUUAUCUAUCUUGGACGUUCUAAUUUCCCUAGCAGAAUAUGCCCUCAGCGGUGACAUGUGCGUGCCGGAAGUCAACGAUGGCGCGGAUGGAAACAUAUUUAUCGACAUAAAAGACGGCCGACACCCAUGUAUUCUUUCGGAUAAUUUCAUACCUAACGAUACUUCAUUGGGAAUCGGUGAUUCUGCUACUUUCGUAAUUCUAACUGGACCAAAUAUGGGUGGUAAAUCGACGCUGAUGCGCCAAGUCGCACUUCUUACGAUAAUGACACAAAUAGGAAGUUAUGUUCCGGCAAGUUCUUGUCGUUUAACAAUAGUGGACCGUAUUUUCACGAGAUUGGGAGCGAACGAUGAUAUUUUGGCUGGUCAAAGUACAUUUUUGGUAGAAUUAACCGAAACCGCCGCGAUAUUGCAACACGCCACGCCGUACUCGUUAGUUUUGUUGGAUGAAUUAGGUCGCGGGACAUCAACGUAUGACGGCACAGAAUUAAAGGAAUUGUUCCUUGUGAAAGUGGGAUAA